AGUCGCCACGGCGGAUUCGAGCGCGAGCCCAAAUAGCUGCUGUUGUUAAACCUCAUGUUGGUUACUGGCGGUUAUUGACCAAGGUCAUCGGGAUCGUUCUCGCCGUUUCACGAUCAGAGCCACAGACAUUUGAAGUCGGCAGCGUCUUACGAGCGCCUCAAGUCGUCCACCAUUCUCCCUCUUUAACUAUCUCGAAUUCGCAAUGGUGGUUGCUGGCAUGUUUGCCCAGCGCUCUCCGAAAUGGAAAUGGCUCACCUUCGCCACGAUUGCUUCCGUCUUUCUCCUCCUCAUAUUCCAUAACCUAUCAUGGCUUCCAGCGCCUCACGACGUCAUGCAACAUGGACUAGGCUGGGCGGACGACUCCCGGACUCUUUCCGAGGAUGGCAACGAGGAAACGUUCUUGGAUGAGUUCUACCAGCCGCCGAACAUUAUGCCUUGGAACUACACGGCUGCCAUGGUCAUGGCACGCACGAAGGCAGCUGAUAUCAGCUGGGUUGAGAAAGAGAAGUUGGACUUGGACAAAUAUAUAUACGUGGCGGACGACCCGACGGCGCCACUGCACCCUCCCAUGAACAAAGGCAAUGAGGCGAUGAUUUACCUAACUUACAUCAUCGACCAUUACGAUUCCCUGCGAGACUUCACGUUGUUCGUGCACGCCCACCGCUACUCGGGGCAUAACAAUGCCUUCUUGGGUGGAGACGCUGUAAAGAUGCUCCGAAACUUGAACGCCGAACGCAUCAUGCACGACGGAUACAUGAAUCUACGCUGUCAACAAGAACCAGGCUGUCCUUCCUGGGUGCACCCGCACGAGCAAGGAGCCGACAAGCUUGCCCCCAUCAUGUUGCAAGAGUGGAACAAUCUGUUCCCCGGCGAGCCCGUACCAGAAGUCCUGGCGCAGACGUGCUGUGCUCAAUUCGCCGUCAGCAGGGACCGGAUUCGAACAGUCCCGCUGUCCAAGUAUGAGCACUGGCGCAACUGGCUCUUGGAGACGGAUCUCGCGGAUUAUUACAGUGGACGGAUAUUUGAGUAUCUGUGGCAAGUACUUUUCACUGGAGAGAGCAUCUUCUGUCCUGACCAGCUCGUUUGUUUCUGCGAUGGAUUUGGGGUCUGUUUUGAGGGGCUCGAGGACCUGGAGGAGUACCACAAGCUCGGCGAUCAACAGUGGAAGACUGGUGCGCGAAUGGAUCUGUUGAAAAAACUGAAAGCAGACCAUAAAGAUAUAGAAAAGGAUCAUGUGAACAGGAUGGAAGAAUGGUACAAAGCACUGCAACUCGAACAUGAUUCGUACGGCAAGCGGAGGGAGAACAUCACAGCUAUCGCCAAUCGAAGGGGUCAAGAUCCCAAAGUCAGAGCGGAAGCAGCCAGGUAUCGGACCAUAGCUUCUUCUUCCAGGGUGCGAUGGUGAAGUGAUGCCGGAAAAUGCUAUUCCACGCCGGCUGGAGUACAACGACUUUCAACCAGCACCAAUCAAGACACCAUUUCCGUACCCACCCUCGUUCCGCUGUCAGAAACUUCUGUCCAGCUCGUCGUUCGGACUGUCGAUAAUUGAUAUGGACUGAAGAUGCCCCAUGCUCAUGACAGCCGCGAGUAACAAGGGGCUGGGAAGAAUGUGGAAGAAAAACUGGGAUCUCGUGGCAGGUGACACUCGUGAGCAAGCAGCAGCCACCUCGGUUUAUGGUCUCUUAUUGAGUCAUGACCUUUCAUGAUCCUUGCUUGCCGGUACACAUUUCAUUUGCAUAAAAUGUGUCGGACUCCGGCGAAGAGACUUCCGGCGAUAUGGAGUUUUACACAAGGUACC